AUGAGUUCUCAGAGCCUCGUAAUUUUCCUAGCUAACUUGUUUCUUCUGCUUCUCAUAGCUAGUUCUCAUGCUGAACUUCGUGUUGACUAUUACAGAAACACAUGUCCAAAUGUUGAAUCCAUUGUACGCAGUACAGUUGAGAAGAAAUAUCAUCAGACACCAGUGACAGCUCCUGCUACACUUAGGCUCUUUUUCCAUGAUUGUUUUGUUAGGGGGUGUGAUGCUUCUGUGAUGUUAGCUUCAAGAAACAACUCAGCAGAGAAGGAUAAUCCCAUCAAUCUUUCACUAGCUGGUGAUGGGUUUGACACUGUGAUCAAAGCCAAGAAUGCAGUUGACAGUGUACCUGGCUGCCAAAAUAAGGUUUCAUGUGCUGACAUAUUGGCAAUGGCAACUAGGGAUGUCAUAGCGUUGACAGGAGGGCCAUCUUAUGCAGUGGAGUUGGGAAGGCUAGAUGGAAGAAUCUCUACAAAAGCUAGUGUUAGGCACCAUCUUCCUCGUCCUGAAUUCAAACUGAAACAGCUGAAUCAAAUGUUUGCUUCGCAUGGCCUCACCCUUAUGGAUCUUGUUGCUCUAUCAGGAGGACAUACACUUGGGUUCUCUCAUUGCAGCCAAUUCUCGAAACGAAUUUACAGCUUCAGAAGUGGUAAAAGAAUUGAUCCAGCACUCAAUACUGCAUAUGCAAAACAGCUCCAGCAAGAGUGUCCAGAAAAUGUGGACCCCAGAAUUGCCAUUAACAUGGACCCAACUACUCCAAACACAUUUGAUAACCAAUACUACAAGAAUCUUCAGCUUGGAAAAGGACUCCUUUCUUCUGAUCAAGUUUUGUUUACUCAUAAAAAAACAAAAGACCUUGUCAACUUGUUUGCAUCCAACAACACAGCCUUUGAAACCUCUUUUGUAAUUGCUAUCACUAGGCUUGGAAGGAUAGGGGUCAAAACAGGAAACCAAGGUGAAAUUAGGCGUGAUUGCUCAAUGGUUAAUUGA